CGUGUUGUUUUGUUACCGCGCAUGCGUAGUUCUACCGGAAAAGGGUGUUUUCGAGGAAGAUAUUUUUACAAAAUGAUUCGCUUCAUCCUGAUCCAGAAUCGUGCUGGCAAAACAAGACUGGCCAAAUGGUACAUGCAUUUUGACGACGAUGAGAAGCAGAAGCUGAUAGAGGAGGUGCAUGCUGUUGUAACAGUCAGGGAUGCAAAACACACAAACUUUGUUGAGUUCAGGAAUUUCAAAAUUGUAUAUCGGCGAUAUGCGGGUCUCUACUUCUGCAUAUGUGUUGAUGUCAGUGACAACAACUUGGCCUACUUGGAGGCAAUACACAAUUUUGUUGAAGUCCUGAAUGAAUACUUCCACAGUGUAUGUGAAUUGGAUCUCGUGUUUAAUUUCUACAAGGUUUACAGUGUGGUAGAUGAGAUGUUUCUUGCCGGAGAGAUUAGAGAGACAAGUCAAACUAAGGUCCUCAAGCAAUUGCUGAUGUUAUCGUCACUGGAAUGAGAUUCGUCGAUUCAUUACUCGUCGGACGUUCUGUGACAAUUCAGUGGGGCGUAUUGAAAAGUGGACCAUGCUGUUCUUUCAUAAAUGAAGGCAGUAUCCUAAUCAACUAUGAGGGUUUGUGCUGACUUCGUAAGUGAUGGUGAAAGAAGAUCAUAUCUGAUGUGUGAGGGAUAUAAUAUUGUUCAGUUCGUGUUGUCAGUUUCAGAGUUCUUUGAAUAACAGGUGAAACUUUAUUCGUUGGGUAAAAAAGCUAGGGGGUGUUGCAAUAAUAAAAUAAAAAAAGACUUCCUCUGACCAGGAAGUGCUGCCCUCUGUUGCAUAUCCUGUGAACUUUCUGAGAAAUCGCUGAUGGUAGAAGUCAUUCCAAUGUGAGAAAUAUGACCGAGUAUCUUAUAUUUGAACAUUCCCAAAGUGGCAUGAAAUAGAAGUGAACACAAGAACUUGGCAGAUAUUGAAACUAUUCAUGUGAUUUGUUAGAGAGGUCCUUUUCAUCUCCUCCCCUUUGUAGGGGUUGGUAGGUGGUUGCCAACUAAUGUUCUUAUGAAAAUAACCUUUCUUUCAUCAAUGUCAUUGUAUUUGUUGAGCUCCCCCCUCCAACAUUUAAUGUAAUUAUAGAUUGUGAAAUAGGACUGUAUUCUAUGUCUAUAAAGUAUAUGGAUAGAAGUAAUGAA